GUGGACGCCGGUCUCGUCAUCUCGCGUUCUUUCUACGUUUUAAGCAUUUAUGGCAAGUAUGAGUAAAUUAAAGUACCUCACUGCAGAGCAAAAAAAAUUCUACGAAGACAAUGGAUUCGUUAAAAUAUCGGGACUUUUUACGGAUCGAGAAUUCCAAGAAAUUUCAGACGAGUACGACUAUGUUUUCACUGAGAAGUCAAAGGAAAAUAUGGACGGAUUGGAAACUGCAUGGACUGGAGAGGACAUGAAAAAAGCAGCUAAUAACAUCAAUUACACUGUAAAAUCCAUCCAUAACUGGCAAAUGUUCAGCGAGGUAUUCACCAGAUUAAUCUCCAACCCAAAGCUUAUGGACGCUGUGGAAGACAUAAUGGGCCCAAAUAUCCUGCUCCAUCACAAUAAGGCUCACAUCAAACCGCCAGAAAAAGGUGCACCUUACCUUAUGCAUCAGGAUUACCCGUACUUCCCCUUUAAAAAACACUCGAUGGUUGCUGUCUUCGUUCACAUGGACGACACGACUCCCGAAAACGGUGGUCUCUGCGUUUAUCCCGGUAGCCACAAACUUGGUCCUUUGAAAACACUUGAACUCGCUGACACCGAUGGCACCGCUGACGUGAUACGUUACGUUGAUCCUCAACGCUUUCCGAUCGCUGGCGCUUUUCCAAUCUCAGCAAAGAGAGGCGAUAUCGUGAUUUUUUCGUAUUUAUUGGUUCAUGGCUCCUACCUUAAUUUGUCGGAUAGACAGAGACGCAUGUUCCUGUUACAACUGCGCUCCGCUGAUGACGAACCCGACCAACACAUUCACCAUUCAUUUUGCCAGGAUAUGGUGCUCAGAGGCAGAAAUAUGAAAAGAAGAGCCAACAAGGCUACGCGGUUUGUUGACGCUGUAUCUAAUAGUUGAAUUCAUUCCACUAAAUGAUCCUUGCAUUCCAACAAGAAUAAAUUAAUUUUAAACAUAUUCUUUUCAUAAUAUUUUUAAAGGUUUCAUUAAUAUUUUUCGAUGGCUUAUAACGAAAAUUAAUACAUAUGAGUUAUAGAAUACAUAUUAUUACUAGUUUCGUCUAUCAAUUAAUGAUGAUAAAAAGUGUUUUCAUGAUAAAAAAUACAACUACUAGGAUCAAAAUGAUCAAUAAUUUUAUAAUAUUUUACAAGAAAUCUUAUUUAAUAUUUUAUUUUUUUCUUACGAAUAUACGUUUCUCAAAUUUAAACAGCUUACAAAAUACAUAUGUAUUUAUUCUAUUUUUAUGUUCACCCAUAGAACCGAUAGAGACACAAUGCUUAUUUUUUUAUUAUUAUGAGGAAAUAAUCGAAGUUAAAUAAUGUAUAGAAUUAUGAAUUUUUUGCCUAUCGUUAUAAUAACUGAACAUGAAACAUUUAACCUGAUUAUGCGAGUACCGCGCCAAUAAUACAAGUUUUCCACUCACAAGAUCAUCAUGAGAUUAAGUACUAUCUUGAAAUUGCAUAAGUCGUAAGCAUUGAAUGACAUUUUUACGAUCAUCUGAAUACUAUAACAGCAUUUGUUAUUAAAGUUACGUAAAAUAAAAUAACCUGUUGUAAGAAAGAUUUUGCGUUGUUAGUUCGAAUAAAUUGACGAUCGAAAAGUUGAAUGAAUGAUAAUGCAAGCAAGACAGGUCUAUAUUGAUGUGUAAAUGCAUUAUGCUGACAUAUAACGUAUGCUACUCGUACGUUAAAGACGAUAGAAUUUAUACGCCCUCAUCCGUAUCUUAAACAUCAACAGUGAAAGAAAUCUUCAUUGUUCGGUAAUCGUUGGCCAACCCUAAGAAAAUAACCAAGCGUCUAUACACCGACUUAUUGGAGAGUAUCAACAGUAUACGCUUGAGCUCCGCGAUAAACGGAGCUCUGAGGGAUCUUAUGUAUCGACGAAGUCUAUUUCGCGGACGCAAAAACUCAUGGAGAACAAUUUGAGACGUUGCUUGAAUUUUCAAUUAAUAUCGAAGAAAUACACGAGCAUUAGGAUGGAAAAGUCAUCGAUGGGCGAUUUUGUUACCGUCUUAUAUUUAGUUGAAUCUGUUGUCAAUUUAACCAAUUUUAUGUCAAUAAAUUUAAUUACAUUUCAUGAUAGUACUCUUAAAUCACGUACAAAUGG